GAAGAGGGGGUUCAUGGAAGAAUGUGAAACAGUGCACCGCCCUGAUCUUCGCAAUCAUACACAACAGCAGCCUUCAGUGAGAGGGAAGGGUCAACACCACGAACGUUUGGAAAGGUCAGAUGUACGACAAGUUAAAUGCGCAUGGAUGGGAAGCCGGUCGCUCACCGAAAGGCUCAUAUGAUUAAUUGGGCAGCUCAUCCUAUGCCAUUUCAAGAUCGGUAAUGACUUCUCCGUAACCUAGUAUCGGACUGAGCUCGAAGGAUAUCUCGAUCUGCAGUAGUAAGCAACGUAAUACAUCUGGUAACCUACACGCCGAGUAUCAGUACUUAUUUAACUUGUGUCCGAAAGUCUCCACAUAAUACUUUACAAGAUCACAGUAUCGGCCCACCAGGCUAUAAAUUCGGUGGAUGAUAAGAUUCGGCCGGCUGAUUUAUGUCUUCACCUACCUUGUGAGAUCGGUGGGGCGGGUGUGGCAGGAUUUGGGAUAUCAGGUGUGCGUAUUCACACUCCCAUUGCCCACACCAUUAGAAGUAGAACGUGGGUGCGCAAAAAUGACAUGGUGCAACGGUAUGCGUUGCUGGAGAAGAAUACGGAUGAUCAAGCGUCGUGCCUUUGGCCGUGAUUUCGCAUUGAAUUGACGGGACUGGCA